AUGGCCGACCCGCAACAGCACCAGUGUCCAGGAUUGGACGAGAGCGCGCCCGCAUGGGCAAAGAAGCUGUUUACCGACUCGGAGAGGCGUAUGCAGGACGAAGAAAAUGCCAUCUACUUGGUCUGCACGAUUUCCUUGCGCCAUCUCUUCAUCACUGACCACCAUCAGCUCGAAAUGACCUUUCCCCCAAGCGGCUAUGCUGCUGCAACACAGGUGAUUGACGGACUACAACAACACUUCAUUAUUUGGAAUUUCCCCAACAAGUCUCGAGUCGCGGCCACCUCACAAGAAAUCAAGCUGGGCUGGCUGGUUGCUGUGCCAAUGAAUUCAGCAAUACCUCACGCCCCAGAACUCGACUCGAAGGAGAUCAAGAUUACCAAAGUGCGGAAGGGUGUUCGCCCAGAAGCUUAACGCGUUGAGAAUGAGAACGAGAUUGGCUAUGACACAGAUCACGAAAUGGGCGCUGAGGCCGCUGCUGAUGCGGGUCCUGCUUUCCAGAUGGACGAUAUGGAUGUGCAGGUCUCAUAGAGGUCGAGGUGAUAGGCGUUCUUUCGAUCCCCCGAGGUCUAUGCAAGCAUUGAUGCAAUACGCUCUCUCAUCGGC